GUAAAGGUGGUGUAAAUAUGUCUGCCAAAAUUAAUGAAGAUGGAUACUCUUCUUCACCGGUGCUGUUUGAAGACGACACGUCUCUGGUGGAUGACCGUGCUGAACAAAGAGAUCAGUCUGCAGAAAAUUCGGUUGUCUUCGGAACUUCUGCAGAGGAAGUUGUGAAGGAAAUUCGCUUUAGAAUUGAGCAGAAAACUCAGCUGACUGCUAGUGCAGGAAUAGCUCCGAAUACAAUGUUAGCAAAAAUGUGCAGUGAUCGUAACAAACCUAAUGGGCAAUGCAGAAUUGCUCCUGAGAGACAAGCAGUGCUAGACUUUGUAAAAGAUUUGCCCAUUAGAAAGGUGCCGGGUAUAGGAAAAGUAACGGAGAAGAUGUUAAAAGCUCUUGGAAUUGUGACUUGCUCAGAGCUUUACCAGCAGAGGGCACUGCUUUCUCUUCUUUUUUCAGAAGCAUCUUGGCGUCAUUUCUUGGAUAUUUCCCUUGGUUUGGGCUCAACACAUUUGGAAAAGGAUGGAGAAAGGAAAAGUAUGAGCACGGAAAGAACAUUCAGUGAAAUAAACACAGCAGAAGACCAAUACAGCUUGUGUCGAGAACUCUGCAAAGACCUUGCUCAAGAGCUACAGAAAAAGGGACUUAAGGGUAAAACUGUUACCUUGAAGCUAAAGAAUGUGAACUUUGAAGUAAAAACAAGAGCUUCAACUGUGCUGUCUUCCGUUUCUACUGAAGAGGAAAUAUUUGCUGUUGCUAAAGACUUGUUAGGAACAGAAAUUGAUAGUGUUGCUCCUCGCCCUUUACGGCUAAGACUUAUGGGUAUACGAGUAUCAGGAUUUCUAAGUGAAGAAGAGAAGAAAUACCAACAAAAAAGCAUUACAGGAUUCUUAAAAUCAGGAAGAGAAAUUAGUUUUCUUAGACUUCGACCAGAGAAGUCCAACCAAGAAUAUUUCACAAAAAAUUCAGAACCAUCUCCCAGAGGGAGUUUUUUUGAUAAAAAGCGAGCCGCAAGGCAACUGAACAGUGAGAAUCUUUCUCCAAAUGAAACUGUAGGUAAGCAGCUCUUUCAUGAGAAGAAAUCAUCAGCAAAUUUUUUGGAAGAAGCAAAGAAAGUCACAGACUUUCAGAAUUCUAAUGUAUGUAAGGCAUUCACCUGCCCUGUCUGCUUUGAGGACCAAAGCAGCAAUAAUUUGGAAGAGUUUAACAGGCAUAUUGAUGAGUGUCUCAAUGGAAUUCCUGUUAAAGAUGCCAUAGAAAUAUCCAAGAAGGACAACUCAAGAGCAAAUACACUUAACUUCUGUCCACAAUUUCAAAAUAAAAAUGAUGAAUGUAAAAAAAAUAAAACAGAUCAAUUAGUGGGAACAGAGCAGUCUGCAAGUAGAUCUGACAACUCUACUAGCAAUAGCACAGAAAAAUUCACUCAGGUAAUAUCUGAUAAACCUGACAGUGAAAGACAGCCCAGCAAUCUCAGUGAUUUUGAAAUGAAACUGUGUCUCUUCCCAAGAAGAAUUUCACAAGACAGUGAAGACUGUUUUGAAAAGACCAAACAUACAGAAGCAACUAGUUCAUCCUGUUUAUUUGAAGACAAAGAAGACAGUGUUUUUGUUUGUCCAGUUUGUAAUUCAGAACAGAAGACCACUAAUCUUGUGUCAUUUAACAGUCAUGUGGAUGUCUGCUUAAAUAAAGGUCUUAUCCAGGAGCUGACAGAAAAAAAAGAUUUUCCUAUGCCGUCUUGUAAUACAGAAAACUCAAAUGGAAUUGGAGGUUUAAGCAGAGGACAGCAAUGCACAAAUCCAUCACAAGGAACAAAAAGAUCUGGACUAGCAACUUCACAGUCAGUAUCAAAAAAGGCCAAGUCAAGCAAUCCCAAGCAUACAAUUGAAAUGUUUUUUAAAUGA